UGUGAAUGAAGAAAACCAGAAAAUUGCCCCAUCUCGAGUGCCAUCCUCUUCUCAAUGAGAGUAACCAUUGAAAUUCUAACACAACAUACGCAAAACUCGCUUCCAAAUUCACUCUGUAAACUUCACCAUUUACUUGUGUUGUCCAUACGCUGGCAUUCAUGUUUCAUGGACAGGCGACUUGUUACUUUUCCUAAGUGCUUGGGCACCUUGAGCAGCAUUUUGUGUAUUGAUGUUCAUCGUAUGUGCACUGUUGAUUUAGCUGCCAGCAGCCAUAUGCCAUGUCUUCGAGCGGCUGGGGAAUUCUGUGUUGAUAAGAGUAAAGUGCAGGGACUAGAGGUGCUGAAGCAGAUGAAUGAACUUCAGGGGUCGCUUGCUAUUACAUCUCUUGAGAAUGUGAAAAGCAGGGAUGAGGCAACUGAUGCUCAACUAUUCAGAAAGAGUCAAAUCUUUAAACUGAAACUGCAAUGGGGUUCUUCUAAUGCUUCUAGCAAGUCUGACAAAGCGAAUGAUGUGUUCGAUGCUUUAAGACCUCACUCGGGCCUUGAGGAAUUGAUUGUUCAGGGAUAUCCAGGGUGUGUGUCCCCAUCUUGGUUGGAGUCAGAGUGGCUCUCUAGACUGAGACACAUUAGCAUUUCUGAUUGCAAGUGUUGGAAGUUGCUUCCAUCUUUAGGCCAAAUACAAUCUCUCAGGACACUUCGUAUUGCUAGACUGAAUGCAGUGGUUUGUAUAGGCCCCGAGUUUUAUGGGACUGCUGGCUUUCCCUCACUGGAGAUUCUGGAAAUGAUAGAGUUGCCAGAAUUGGCAGAAUGGUCUUCUGUGGACUGUUUUUUUCCUGCUCUUCUUGAGGUGUGCAUCAGAGGAUGCCCCAAGCUGAAACAAUUGCCACCAGUUGUUCUCCCACCUGUAAGAAUGAGUAUAUAUGUAUCUACCGAAGUUUGCAGGCUGCGAAAUCAUAAUCGCCUGGAGACAUGUUUUACUCAGGAGGUGAGCUUAAGCACACUCUUGGAUAUGUUGCAUCUUCGUCGUCUGGAACCUGUGAAAUGUGUAAAUAUCAUCUUUGAAGGAGCAAACACUCUGGAAGAUGGACUUAAAGAUGUAACAACAAAUCUGCCAUCCCUUGAAGAGUUGGUUAUCAGGGGAUGUUCUGAUCUGCAGCAUGCUUUUGCAGCUAGUAAACAGCGGGAAGAGGAUGGGAAUGUCUUUUCUUCGGCAUCUAUUCAAUGUCUCAAAAUGAUUGGCUGCAACCUGACAGUGGACAUUUUUCUUAGUGUGUUUCAGAACAUUAGUUUCCUUUCAUUGUGGAUAAACGAUUGCAACAUCACUUAUUCAACUCCUGAACGUGUGUUGGCCAUGCCAAAGUCAGUGACUGGAGUACUUGAGAAGCUGUGUAUUUUAAGCUGUGAUGGGUUGACAGCUUUCAUGGGCCUAGAAACAUUCUUAAGGUUAAGCACAAUAGAAAUUGCAAGUUGCCCCAAGUUAACGUCAGUGCCAGACUUUAGGUGUCUUCCAGCCCUCCAGAACUUGAUCAUAAAGAAUUGCCCUGAGCUCAAGGAACUACCUGAAAAUGGUAACCUAACAACAUUAACUGCACUGGUUGUGGAACACUGCAACGCGCUAAUAUCACUGAGGAACCUGCGAGACCUUUCUUUCCUCUCAAAACUGGUGGUCAGAAAUUGUAUGAAGUUAAUGGCUUUGCCUCAGAUGAUUAGUUUCUCUUCCCUCAGAGUCUUGAUCAUAAAAAACUGCCCUGAAGUAGUUUCUUUACCAGAAGAUGGUCUUCCUGUGUCCCUUAAUUGUUUGUAUUUGGCUGGAUGCCAUCCAGUGCUGGAGGAACAGUUUGACCAGAAAAAUGGUAGUGAAUGGGAGAAGUAUGAAGUGUUGCCGUUUUGUUUCUUUGCUGAUAAAUCAAUAGAAGAUAUCGAAGAGAUAGCCAAAGAAGUACUUAUGGCGGAUGAUCUUACCAGGAUUUCCAUUCAGGGCAAUCGAGUUCAUGCAACUGAUUCUGCAGCAAGCUCGUCCAGUUUCCCUUAGUAAGCUCUCCGAGGGUAAUAUGAGCUGUUGUGAUAUGUUGAUCAUUUUGCAUCAUGGCCCUACCUGCGCAACUGUGCAGCUGCUGAAAUUCAUGUGCUUGUAUAUUUGUUCCAUUUUAAACCGGACUCGUUUUUCCUAAAAGACAGGAAAUCGAACAUCGUAUUACCAAUUUAUCAUGCUGGUGCAUUUACGGAUGUUAACACAUUGGAUGCACCACACACUGUUCAACCGAAUAAUGAUUGUGCAACUCA